UGGGCGGUGGGCGGUAUUUCCUCAUCCGAGGACAGCAAAGCUCCAGCUCGGCUCUGAUUGGUUGUUUUCCUCCGGUAUGUGAAAUCUUGCAGAUGCCAUUAGGAGCACUGGAGGACACAGGGGCACAUGAUUUUUUUCAGAUUACCUGUCUCAUGCACUACUGUCGGGAUAUAGUGACCGUUUUAUAAAAAAUAACUUUUUUUAAUCAUCUUUGCUCCAUUUUUACCAACUGCUGCUUUAACUGAAUGUAUGCAAGGCAUCUUGGCAACUCCCUCCUUGGCACCAACUCUCCUAUUCAAAGCUCCUUUUUUGGCUCUGUGUUGCUUGGGGAAAACGUACAAGUUGGUGUCAGGCAUUAACGAAAGCCCCUCGGGCACAGGUUCUCCAUCGACAUGAGUCAGUCUGGCUCUCCUCCAGACGAGACAUGAUGACAUUUAUGGACUAGUUGAGUUGAAGCAACCGGUGUAGAUAAAGAGAAGAGAGACAGACACACUCUCAUUCAGCCUGUUUGAAGAGAGGGCCUGGCAUGGAUGUAAAGUAAGCUUUCAGACCACAUCCCGGUGAAACAGGACAAUGAAUUUCGAUAUCAUCUUCCUGCCAGUACACAGAUCAAACCAAGUUUUGAUGUCAGUCUGGGAGAUGAGCUGUUGGUGCUGGCCUGGUUCAGCCACAGAAGAAGGAGUGCUCCCAGCCUCUAGAGGAUGCCUGCGUCGGUUCUUGCUGCUGAAGCUGGUGACGGUGCUGCUGUUCCCCCACACGGCAGGCCUCCCCCUGCUGGUGGGCUGCGUGUUCAGCCUGCAGGCCCUGUUGCUGCUACGCUCCCCUCACAUCUCCACCAAGCCCUCCACUGUGCUCCUGGGUCGGCUGGCUCUCACGGACGGUCUCGUGCUCCUGCGCUGGAUGCUUCAGCUGGGAGCGACGCUGGCGUGGUGGACGGAGGAAGGGGGAUCAGUUUGGUGGAGGGAGGCUGUGAGCGUGCUCUGUCAGCAGCUGCUUGAUGCUCACCACCUGGCCUCUCUGCUCCUGCUGGGGCUGCUGGGACUGGAGGCCACGCUGGUGUCGCGCUGGCCUCAGCAGACUCGGAGGUUCAGGACGUCUCACUGGGCUCAGCUCGGCUGCAGCCUGGUCUGGAUGCUUGUGCUGCUGGAACUGUUGUUCUCGCUCCACUCCAAACUUUUGCAGUCCUCCGGACCUCAGACUUAUUUCUCUUCACAAAGUUCCUCUCCUCCUCCCUCCCAUCCAGCUUUCUCCUCCUACCUGAGGAGGACAUUAUGGCUGGUGAAUUUAUGUCUGCAUUAUGCCGUCCUCAAUAGCAGACCACAGAGGAGAAAGAGCUCCUUUCAUUAAAAGACUUGACUGUAUAAUAUUCAUUGACAUUUUUAUUCUAUUUAAUUUAUGUAAUAAAACUAUAUUAAUGUGUAUAGAUAUUCUGAGUAAGACAUAUUUAUAUGGGCCUUAAAUCAAGACUAUGUAACUUUAUGAACAAUGGCCCCUGUGGCUACAAAUGACAAUUACAGUACAUUGCUUUGCUCCCAUGCUGGUACUCCUGUGGUUUCUUCAAACUCAACCGUCAUCUACUGUAGGUAAUACACUGACUAUGGAUAAGUACCUCAUACAACCGUACUUCAAAACACACAAACUAUCCCUUUAAAGAAGAGGCCGUUCCAGGAAAUGCAUCAGCUUACAAACAGGAUACAUGUAUUAAAAACGUGUAGUAUGAUGCAUAUGUUACAGUUGGCCCAUAGAUAUAUUGCGAAACGUGGCUUUAUGUAGAAUUCUCAAUCAAAGGUUUCCUCAGUUUACAUUUGAGAUGCUUGUGAAAUAAGCUGCUCUCACAUCUUCACAGAGAGAGAUAUGGUCGGCUUCAUAUUGUCAACAUGCCCUCAUCCUGCAGUCUCUGGCAGACAGCCCAAGAUAAGAUGUUGAAAUGAAAUAUGACACUGACAAAUGCAGCAUUGAAUUGCACACGGCGUCAUCUUAAGUAGGAUUUUAUUCAAUGUUGCUCUAAUGUGUGUUUCAAGAUGUGUUCUGUUUGCAUAUCUAUCUCUUGCUGACCAAUAGCUCAUAAAUGUCUGUUUACAUUUUUCCGAAGUGUCUCAUUUGCACAGUAAAAACGGGUUCCGAGCAUUAAACACCAACUGGGAUGGUUCAGUAGCGAGAUUUUGUUUUUCUAAUGAAUGGAAACAGCUCCAGCUUAACUUGUUUA